GAGGUGCUGGGGGGACCGUGACCAGCCGGGAGGAUGCUGAGGGGACGGAACCAUCCCAGGCUCGUGGGGAGCAUCCCGGCAUGUCCAGCACUGAGCCCCAUCUCUGCCUGCAGGGCCCCUGGGACUCCCUGCCUGGCUCCUCCUGCUUCUGCCCUGCUGGGCCCUGGCUGUUCUCUGUGCAGGUAGGUGCCAUGGCCCUGCAGCUCCCCAGCAUCACCAUCCUGCGGAUGCCAACAGAGGCCCCCCAUCCAGGUGAGAGCGUGACGGUGUCAUGCGAGGCGACGAGUGGGCUCCCAGAGCUGACGCUGCUCUACUGGCUGGGGAACGGCUCCUUUGUGGAGAGCCUGUACCCGGACGGGGCCGUGCAUGAGGGGCCAGUGCAAGAGGAGCUGCGGGGCUCGGGGGCGGCCCUGCGCCGUGACCUGCACUUCAGCUCCUUCGACACCCGGCACCUGCUCACCAACUUCACCUGCGUGGUGCUCAGUCCCUUCGGUGUGGACACCAGGGAGGUGCGAUGGCCCCAGCCAGCACCAGCCCCUGCCAACUGUCGAGAGCGGGGGGCUGGGCUGAGACCAGGGAGACACUCGUGA